UUGAUAGCCCGCGAGGGGGGCUAGAGGCUGGCGGUAGGAGGGACUCGUUGUCCCAGCGUGCCCUGCGCCUCAGCCCGCGCGCUCGCAGUUUCUCGCUCUCGCCCGCCCUCCGCUCCCUAGCUUGCUCGCGCUUUUGCUCGCGCUCUCCUCGCGGAUCGAAGGGACUGUGGCUACAGCCUGUGGCUGGGAAGGGCGACAGAGGCGGCGGUUCAGGAGAAACGAAGCUGCAGUGGUGGUGGUGGUGGGAAGAUGUCGGGUGAGGACGAGCAGCAGGAGCAAACUAUCGCCGAGGACCUGGUCGUGACCAAGUAUAAGAUGGGGGGCGACAUUGCCAACCGGGUACUUCGGUCUUUGGUGGAAGCAUCCUGUUCAGGUGUGUCGGUACUGAGCCUGUGUGAGAAAGGUGAUGCCAUGAUAAUGGAAGAGACAGGGAAGAUUUUCAAAAAAGAAAAAGAAAUGAAGAAAGGUAUUGCCUUUCCCACCAGCAUUUCAGUAAAUAACUGUGUAUGUCACUUCUCCCCUUUGAAGAGCGACCAGGACUAUAUUCUCAAGGAAGGUGACUUGGUAAAAAUCGACCUUGGGGUCCAUGUGGAUGGCUUCAUCGCUAAUGUGGCUCACACUUUUGUGGUUGAUGUAGCUCUGGGGACCCAAGUAACAGGGCGGAAAGCAGAUGUCAUUAAGGCAGCUCACCUUUGUGCUGAAGCUGCCCUACGCCUGGUCAAACCUGGAAACCAGAACACACAAGUGACAGAAGCCUGGAACAAAGUUGCCCACUCAUUUAAUUGCACACCAAUAGAAGGUAUGCUGUCACAUCAAUUGAAGCAGCAUGUCAUCGAUGGAGAGAAAACCAUUAUCCAGAAUCCCACAGACCAGCAGAAGAAGGACCAUGAGAAAGUUGAAUUUGAGGUACAUGAAGUAUAUGCUGUGGAUGUUCUCGUCAGCUCAGGAGAGGGCAAGGCCAAGGAUGCAGGACAGAGAACCACCAUUUACAAAAGAGACCCUUCUAAGCAGUAUGGCCUGAAAAUGAAAACUUCUCGUGCCUUCUUCAGUGAGGUUGAAAGGCGUUUUGAUGCCAUGCCCUUUACUUUAAGAGCAUUUGAAGAUGAGAAGAAGGCCCGCAUGGGUGUGGUAGAGUGCGCCAAACACGAACUGCUACAACCAUUUAAUGUUCUCUAUGAGAAGGAGGGUGAAUUUGUUGCCCAGUUUAAAUUUACAGUUUUGCUUAUGCCCAAUGGCCCCAUGCGGAUAACCAGUGGUCCCUUUGAGCCUGACCUUUAUAAGUCUGAGAUGGAGGUCCAGGAUGCAGAGCUCAAGGCCCUCCUCCAGAGUUCGGCAAGUCGGAAAACCCAGAAAAAGAAAAAAAAGAAGGCCUCUAAGACUGCAGAGAAUGCCACCAGUGGGGAAACUUUAGAAGAAAAUGAAGCUGGGGACUGAGGUGGGUCCCAUCCCCCCAGCUUGCCACUCCUGCCUCAUCCCCUUCCCACCACACCCCAGGCUCUGUGAAGUGCAGUUCGUCUUCUCCACCCAGGACCACCAGCAGAGCGGGGUCUCCCUGUCCUCAUCCCAGUCCCCCAACCCAGCCCCCUUCCAACAACAACCAGCUCCAACUGACUCUGGUCUUGGGAGGCCAGGCUUCCCAGCCAUCGAAGACUACUUUAAAUAGAAAAGAGAAAUUGAAUAAUAAAAUCAGGAGUCAAAAUCCAUCGUCUUCAAGCCCCUCUUUCUAGCCUUUUUCUACUAUUCUCUGCUUGGUCGAGGUUUAUGACCCUACAACAGAACGGGGAAGAGGCUAAAGUAGCCACCACCACUAAAAACUCAGCUGAAAUUUUUUUAUACCACUCCAGUGUCAGCAUUUUCCCAUCUGUUGGGGCUUGUUCCUCUCUCUUUUCCCACUCUCCCCAAGUAUUUUAUCAGGCCUCAAAAUAGAGGAGCUAUUCUUCAGACUGUUUUUCUUCACAUGUGGCAGAUUCCUUUUAUGAUCCAGGCUGUCUAGUCAGGCCCCUCCCAUUUUUAGGAGCUGGAGCCUGUGUUUACCAAGGGAUUCUCAUCUAUCAAAUGGAUCCUCAUUUGUAAAUCUUUGUAGUCAAUUUUGUUCUGCAGGACGUUUUUUCCCCCUCCACAAGGCUGUAAAGAAGUAAUCCAUCUCAACCAUGUCCAUUUCUUUGGAGUCAGUGGGAUUCUUCCCUUGCUCUGUCUUAGAAACCUGAGUCGGAAGCUCCACUGUGGUUUUGUUCCCUGUUUGAAAUAUUUUGACCUCCCUCUCUUGAGAAAAAGACCUGGAACCAGAGGCCAGAGGAGCAGACUGAUUGAAGAGACAAAACUCCUGGCUUUCUGAAGCUGUGGACUUGGAUGAAUUGCUAGGGGUUUGGAGAGAAAGGUGAUGAAUUUCAGUACCUCUGGCAUGCUGUCGCAGGGAACUAGGGCUCCAGCUAACUUACAAGGUUUUUAAACACAUUGAAAAUGACAUGGCGUUAAAAUAAAUUUGGAUUUGCUCAUAA